AAAUGUGACUUCCUGAAGUCCCUUCCAACCCUAACUUUCUAUGAUUCAGAGAGCUCAUGAUAGAGGCUAUGAGACCCACAGGUAUAUAGUUCCCUGCUGGGCUACUCCUAAAGAGACACCACUGACUUCAAAAAGGAGGUGAUGCAGCAGCGGUCCUGGUAGCUCCUUCUACAGCAACCCCAGGACACCAUGUCAUGUGGGCUGAGGAGCCCAUCUCAGUUAACCUUGUCUCUCCUAAGUAGAUUUGUAAUCUCUUGUCUCGGAGCCUCUGGAGCUCCCAGAAUAGCUCUCGCGUGUGCCGCCUCUGAGCCUAUCUGUGCAGGCAGUCGGCCCGCUCAGACGCGAUGGGGGUGGUGUGUGCUGGCAGGUGAAGCCUCGGCACUGAGGACCUGCACAAGUGCACGGGGCUUGGUCUGCAGGCCACAAAGCAGGUGUCCGCCAAAGGGGACAAUGGCUGCUCUGCACAUGGAGGAGAGGGGAGAGGGCAACCCCACUUCUCAGUGAGCUGGGACACUGGGCCAGGUCCAGCUCUGUGUCCUUGCUCCGUUGCAGCCCUGCUCCAUCUGGCCACACUGUGUGAAUGGUUCCUCAUCCAUCCCCCGUUCCUUCUCCCAGCACUGCAUGGACCACAUAGGGCAUUACCCUGGGCUCAGCAGAGGAAGGUGCUAUUGAAAGUGCCUGUAUGCUGUGCGUACACCGAUGCACAGGCUUACCUGCACACUGUGACACAUGCGUGUGCAUCCUGCAGGCACCAUGUGCACUCGUUUUUCACUUGCUUGUUUGGAGACACAAUAUUAUUCAGCGUGAUCCAUCAAGCUUGCUUUUCCUCUGUUUUACUGGAUUAAGGUGACAGACGCUGCAGUCUAUAGAGUCCCUCUGCAGCCCUGGCUGAGAGUCUGUGAGCCUCUGAAAUCCUAUUAGCGAGUUUCCAGAGAAAUAAAAAGUUAAUCGUCUCCCUGGCUCUGUCGCCUUCAGGCACUCCUCCUCCUCCUCCUCCUCUCAAGCACAAGAGAGAUGCCUGCACCAAGGUCCCUGUCCCAGCAGGGCUGGUGGGUAAUGUGGAACAUGAAUGCAAAAGACUAAUUGACUUCACUGAAGAAAGCUAAUGUUGGGAGAUUGGCCAGGGAGCCUCUUGGGCUUAGAGGGCAAGCCAGCGUGGGGCAUCUCUCGUCAGCUGGGGCUGAUGCCAUCAGCCCUCCAGCUGGCAAUGUCCUGCCUUUAAAACGUGCGCAGUAUGCGUCUGUGGAGCUUCUUAACAGCCCGUGCCAGAAAGGAAGGAAAUCUGGCCGAGGAAGAGGGAGCGCUUCAGCUUUGCGUCUGGAAGAAGGUGGCUUUGUGCUCCAGGUCUGCCCAUCUGCUGAGCCCUUGAGCCCUGCCGGCAGCCCGCCAUGCCCCUGCAGUCGGACACCCUGCGUGAGGUGUGGACCACGGCCGGCCCGCUCUCUGUCUCUGGGCAGCGUAAGGACUUUUGGGGCUAGGCUGUACCCAGACCCCCCACCCCCACCCCACCUGGAGCCGCAGCAGUGGGUGCAGCUGAUCCACAGUCUGUAACUGCCUUGUUGCACUGCUGGGCUUGCUAAGUAUGAACGAGGAACCUGGGAGCCCCCCGAAUCAGAAACUUAGCAAGCAGCGCGUCCUACUGGGGCAGAAGCAGAAAAAGAAGCGCCAGGAGCCCCUGGCAGAAGCCAAGCCGAAGAAACCCAAAGCAAAGAAGUCCGGGGAGCAGAGUCCCGUGAAGGAGCCCAGCGCCUCUGCCCAGAGUGUCAAAAAACUGAAAAAGAAGAAGGAAGAGAAGCCAGAGGAGGGGGGUGAGAAGGAUCUGUACUCCAAAUUCAUCAAGGACCCCAGGAAGAAGAAGGAAAGUCCUUUGGCCAACUUCAGCACAUCCAAAACUUCCAAAAAGAAGCAGGAGGACUCUGAGGAGGAGGAGGACGAGGAGGCUGAGAAUCAAGACCCACCAAAAAAGCCAAAAAAGAAGCCCCCCAAACCCUCCAAAGAAGCUUCUGCUGGAGAAAGCAAGGAGAAAAAAGCCAAGCUUAAAGGAGACAAGAGUGAACCGGAUGCCAAGAGCAAAACUGCAAAGACCACAAAGAAGGAGCCAACCUCCAUGUUCCAAGUCAGCAGGGACAAGAAGGAGAAAAAAAGCAAGAAGAAAGCUCCAGCUGACAGUGAUGCCGAAGAUGACUCUGAUUCCAGCACCAAGCCGAUCAAAUCUGACAAGAAAAAGAACACAGCAUCCAUGUUCCAGGCCGGGGGCAAUGGCUCCAAGGAGAAGAAAACCAAGAAGAAAGCUCCUCCCAAAGGUGCUGAGGAGGAAAGCGAGGAGGAGGCCCCCGAAACUACCCAGAAGAACUCCAAUAAGAAAGGGAAAGGGAAGAAGUCCAAGAAGAAGGAAGAGCGACCUCCUUCCCCUGUCAUCGAAGUGGACAACCUGGAGGAGUUCGUGUUGCAGCCGGCCCCUCAGGGGGUGACCAUCAAGUGCCGGGUGACGCGAGACAAGAAGGGAAUGGACCGGGGCCUCUACCCAACCUAUUACGUCCACCUGGACAAUGAGAAAAAGGUUUUCCUGCUGGCUGGCCGGAAGCGGAAAAAGAGCAAGACCUCCAACUACCUCAUUUCCAUUGACCCCACGGAUCUGUCACGCGGCGGGGAGAACUUCGUUGGGAAGCUGAGAUCAAAUUUAAUGGGGACCAAGUUUACUGUGUUCGAUAAUGGUGCAAAUCCCGACAGAGCAAAUGCUGAUUGGUCGAAUGUGCGGCAGGAGAUGGCAGCUGUUAUUUAUGAGACUAAUGUUUUAGGGUUCAAAGGACCCCGAAAGAUGACAGUGAUCAUCCCUGGAAUGAAUUCAGACAACGAAAGGGUGCCCAUCCGGCCUCGAAACGAUAACGAUGGGCUGCUUAUGAGAUGGCAGAACAAGAACAUGGACAACCUGAUUGAGCUGCACAACAAGGCCCCUGUGUGGAACGAUGAGACCCAGUCAUACGUGCUGAACUUCCACGGCAGGGUCACGCAUGCCUCCGUCAAGAACUUCCAGAUCGUGCACAGCAACGACCUUGACUACAUUGUGAUGCAGUUUGGCCGCGUGGCCGAUGAUGCUUUCACCAUGGACUACAACUACCCGAUGUGUGCUGUGCAGGCUUUUGCCAUUGCCCUGUCCAGCUUUGAUGGGAAGCUGGCCUGUGAAUAGCAAACUGGAGACCCCUUCAGACUUUAGCUGGACUGAGUCUAAGCCCAUGAGAGAAGCAGCACUGCCAUUUGGACUCACUGAGCUAGGGAGGAGUUUGUCUGCCAGAAGGGGAUUUCUGCUAACAAUCGAGACCCUCUAUUUCCACGUGGAUAUGAGUAACAGCAGGGCUGUUGUUACCGUCACGUGGGUACAGCCAGAGAUUGCUGAUGGAGACCUUGCAUUAGCUGCAAAUAUAUAUCCACUGAUUAGGGGUUAGCAGGUCAGAUUUUAUACAGUCACCUUUCCCUCCUCCUCAGCUUCUGCCCUUACAAAAGAGAUGGCCCCAAGCAUUUCAAUGAUGCAGUUUUAAGCUCUCGUGGGUUGGAUCAUUGCUGCAGAAUACCACAGUACAUUUUAUACUCUAUCUUCCUCUUCUGUUUCUAAGUUCAGAACUGGCUACUUGUUCCAGUCCAUAAAGCAGAGUCUUUAAGCUAGCCGAUGAGAUGGACUGUUCGCCUCAUCUCAACCCUUUGAGACAUUUCUCGGAAGCACUUUCGGUCUUUUUAGAUUCCAGUUUUUUAUUUUGUAGCACACCAUUUAAAUGAAAAAAGUGAGUGGUUUGUCCUCCUGUGUUGACAAAUAAAGGAUCAGCUGUGGGCACAA